CGUUCAUCACUUAUCCCUAUCCCUAAUUUGUAAAUUUUAUUAUUAUCUGAAAAAUCAUGUCUUGCUGCGGAGGAAACUGUGGCUGUGGAUCUAGCUGUGGAUGUGGCAGCGGCUGCGGCGGCUGCAAAAUGCACGCUGAUUUGAGCUACUCGGAAGUGGCCGCCCCAACUCAGACGUUGGUUCUUGGUGUUGCUGCCACCCAAAAGACAUAUUUUGAAGGAGAGGUGGGUGCCGAGAACGGCUGCAAGUGCGGAGCAAAUUGCACCUGCAAUCCAUGCAACUGCUAAUGAAUAUAAACUUGCGGCUAAAGCAGAGAUGAUGAAGACGAUAUUAAAUUAGUAUAUAUAUAUUUUAUUUAACUUUGUAUUCCUGUUUUUGUCAAGAUUGUGUGAAGUGCUAACUCACUGCAAUAAGUUUAGUCCUUUUUUUUGUAAUAAAGGUUGCCAACGUCUGUGUCGUAGGAGUUGGCUGCUUCUAAGUCUGUGUUUUGCUUUUGUUUGGAGAUCAUCUCUGUUGUUUGUUGUGUUAUCUAAAUCUAAUAGGUGAGGAGACUUCAGUUUCUGAGUAAUGAACACUAAUCUCCUUUUUUCUACUAUAA